AUAAAUAAAAAUCAUUAUUUCUAAAUAAAUAAAUAAAUACAAGAAGAAACGAGAAGAAGAAAACGCGUUUCGCAACACACACUGCGUUUGUUUAUCUUCAAUCGCGUUUCUCUCUUCUCUCUCUAUCUUCUUCCCUAUUUCCAUUCUUCUCGGGUUUUUUGAUUUGAGGUUUUUUCAAUUUCCCAAUGAGCGAUCACCUGGUGCUAUUCGUUGACCAACUCGUGCGCCCUGUCCCUGUUGACCCCGUCGCGCAGCCCGCCCAGCUCCCUUCUGAGCCCUCGCCGUCUCUCGAUGCUGCCGCCGCGGCCGCGGGUCCUUCCGGGACCGCACCGCCGGCGGAUCAAGAUGUUGAGGAUGCUGACGAGGAUGAGCCGCUGAUCCAGAUGGCGGAAUGCCGCAUCUGCCAGGAGGAGGAUCAGGUUUCCAACCUGGAGACGCCUUGCGCCUGCAGCGGCAGCCUUAAGUAUGCUCACAGAAAAUGUGUUCAGCAUUGGUGCAAUGAGAAAGGAGACAUCACUUGUGAGAUAUGUCAUCAGCCCUAUCAACCUGGGUAUACCGCCCCGCCACCUCGCCCUAAUCCUGAUGAAACUACCAUUGAUAUAGGAGGAGGGUGGACAAUAUCUGGCACGCCUUUGGACUUGCGUGAUCCUAGACUUCUGGCAAUUGCAGAGGCAGAACGCCAAUUCUUGGAUGCUGAAUAUGAUGAGUAUGCUGCUUCAAAUGCCAGCGGAGCUGCAUUUUGCCGCUCAGCUGCUCUAAUUUUGAUGGCCCUUUUGCUCUUGCGGCAUGCAUUGUCUGUCACAGAUGGUGAUGCUUCUGAUGAUGAUCCUUCUAACUUUUUCUCUCUUUUCUUGCUUCGAGCUGCUGGAUUUCUUUUACCUUGCUAUAUUAUGGCUUGGGCAAUCAGUAUCCUGCAACGUCGACGACAAAGACAGGAAGCUGCAGCUUUAGCAGCCACCCAAGUUGCUUUUGUUCUACAAUCUGGGCAGCGUAGAGGUCUACAAUUUGCCAUAGCGCCAGGACCACCCCCCACUGUACACCAGGAGCAAGUGUAGUUUGUAUUUUUUAUGUAUGAGAUCACAUGGCGUCAGUAAGGCUUGUUGAUGUUAUGUACUAUUAAUCUUUGACUUUCCCAGCUUAAUGUAUGUACAUACUGGGGGUGCUUAAACAAUACAUGAAUUCAUGAUUAUCCAUUCAAUUCAUCCGUCUAUGAAUGUAAUCGAAUCCAUCUAGUUAUUAGUAAUAAAGAGAUUUAUAUGGAAAA